CCCACGGUUUCACCCAGUUAUUUAUAUCUGGCCCUCUUGUAUUAAAGGUUGCACAUCCCUGUCUAAUACCAUCAAACCCAAUGAAUUUUAAAACUGUUUUAGAAUUACUAUUUUGGUAUCUAAAUGUAUUCAAAUAUCUGUUUCAUCCUUGCCUAUUCCCAGCUUUCAUUGGUUACUGUAUCUGCCCUUAUGUGCGCUUUGUUUGGUAUCAUGUAGUAUGUGAACCAAGAUGGCAGUUAGGGUCAGGCCAUAAUUUUAGGUACAAAUACUACGGGAGUCACUUGGCUAGUCCCCGAACUCAUAAUAGAACUGAAAUUGGGAUAAAAUUAUGCCCUAACCCUAACCUGGUACACAUACUACAUUUCGGUGUCCGCCAUCUUGGUCCACAUACUACGGGAGCGCCCCUUGUUUUCACAUUUGUGCCUUAGUUCAUUUGUCCUGAUUUAUCGUAUCUUGAAUUGUAUCGAAUUUAUUAUUCCCAUUUCAUUGUACAAACUGCUAUAAGUCUGCUCUUAUUAAUCAAAGAUUGGAAAUUUGUCAUAUGGUAAGUCUAAAUUUGCAACCCUUCUAUCAGUACUGUUUUUAGUUGAGGACAAGGGACUUUGCUUUGAGAAAACUUGCAACUCUUCUAUCAGUACUCUUUCCACUUUUAGUUGAGGGUUCGGGACCUUGCUUCGAGUUCUUCGAGGGCAUUGGACAUUGCUUUUGAACGGAUUGCAUGUGUAAUUUUUUAAUAUUUAAACCAUAACUGCAUUAUUGGUACAAUUUUGUCUCAUUUAAUGAUUUUUGUGAGGUUUUAUUGCCAUUCAUUAUGCAUUUUUACAAAUCGCCUUUUUCUUUUUUAUCAGUUAAUUUAUAGUAUUAAAAGUAGUCAUGGCUUUGUUUGCGAGGGCUGGCCAAAGACUUGUGAAGCUGAAUGCAACCCCUGGACCAAUUUGGCGGGUGUCGACAGCAACGUUGCAUCUUGGUCGUGUAAAACGAGGGGAAUAUGAUUACGUACCACCAGAGGGAUAUGACAAGACGCAGUUGAAAAAAGGGGAUCGACCUGAAUUUAUCGACCAAUCAAAACUAAUGUCGCCUCGGGAACGAGCAGAAAGAGCAUCGAAAUAUAACCUAAUACCUGAGGAUUAUGUCCCAAUGGAAGGGUAUGGGGAUUACCCGAAAUUACCGAACGAAGCGGCGUUUGAACGUGAUCCAUAUUACGAUUGGGAUCAACCAGCGUUGCGUCGUAAUUACGGAGAACCGAUACACGUUCAUCAAGAAGUUUACGAUCAAUUCUCUGCUCUCGACCGAAGACCGUUAAUGCUAGACCGUCGACAUUACACACGGUUUUUAUUAACUCUCGCUGGAACUUUGAUUGUUCUUAUCAUCAUAGGGGGAAGGUUUCCUAGAUUUGCCCCGGUGGCUCCGGUCCAAUAUCCAGAAGAAUUUCCACAAGACGAUAAAGCGGGCACAAACGUCGGAAGAGAUUGGUGGUAUACUGAGUUUAAAUCCAAAGAAGUUGUCAAUUAUGAUUUUAAAUGAACUGUGUGAAUAAAUAAUUGAUAAAUCGUUUGGUAGUAUAGCAUUUCAUUUUUGAUUUUGAUUUCAAAUUUUCAAAAUCAUUGGUUUCCUUAUCUUCUCUACAAAGCACCUAUAAAAUGUUUGGCAUUUAUUAAUAGCUCUCUUUUUCAAAUAUCAGAAAUAAAUUGUAUUAGGUAAAAAAAACUUGUCAAAUUGUGAAAUUCAACAUGUCAAACUAUUUUAAAAUGGGCGUUCGAGAACUCAAUUACUAUAAUUCUCCAAUCUGAGACAUUUAGCACUCUAAUUUCUCCUUUUUGUUCCAGCUGUUACAGAGUACUGGUAAUAAAAGUUCCAUCUCACCAUGUUGUUUGAUGAUAAAAUUUCAUUUAAUAAUCCAUUCAUUGAAGUAUAAUUGAAGUUAUUAAUCUAC